UUUUUAGAUAAAAUCUUUAAAAUUAUGUAUUUCACGUGUGUCAAUGAAUCACAAGAAAUAAACUUGGGCUGUGAGAUUGAACAAUGUAUUGAUCGACAUUUGAAUGUUUUUCCGUUUGACAAGAAGGAUCUUGUUUAUAUUUUUGGUGAAGACUUUGAUGAAGAGGGUGUGUUUUUAAAGAGUUUUCGAAUAUUCUAACAAUGAGUAGCUUUAGGUUGCCUAAACUAAGAGUGUUUUUUUGGGUAAACUUGAAGGGAGAAGUGGCUAAUAGAAUCUGUUGGUUAAUAGAAACUUCCUCUUUUUCGUCUCCAAGUUUCCAUCCCUACUGCCUUUCUAACCUUUGGUAUCUAGAAAAUUAUGAGUAAAGGGGGAAGUAUGGAAGAAAGGAAGUCUGAUCUUUCUAUUAUUGGAAAAACUUGGGGAUGAAAACGGGGUCUGUAAACGACACAAUUAUUAAAUCUGCUUGGGAAAAAGGAUAACCGACGGCAUUUUUGAUGAC